AUGCCUCGCUUCUCUCUGUCGCCCUCCGACGCAGGGGGCUUUGGCCGCCCCGGCCAAGUGUCCAUCAGCGGGCGCCCGAUGGAUGAGAGAAGUCGCGCGGGGCCCGACAACUCCCUCGUCGACAGUUUCCUCGGUUUGCGCGGAGCGGCGUACACCUACGAUCUUCUCGGGCGCUUUCCGCACCCCAUCUCCCUCUACCAGCAUCUUCCCGAGCUGUCUGCCAUCCCAGUCAGCGCCUUUGAAGAGGUUGCCGUUCAACGCCUUCGAGUCCUGAAUUUUCUCCACGAGAAGUUCGGCGCAGAGACCUCCUUGAGUCCAGCGAUUCUCCGAGACAGUGGAUCGAGGAAAGCCGCCAGCGCUCCAGCGACGGCGGGCAGCGUGCGCGCUCCCACGGCAGAAGUCCAGCUGAAAGAGCUCCUCGAGGAGGCCGGGUUCAUGCUCGGACGACCUGUUGGUGGCGCACCUGCGCCUUCUCCGGACCUCAGACAGGCCGUGGCGAUGCGAGACGCCAUUUCGCACUUUGCAUUGAGACUCGCGUUCAGCACAGACAAAGAGAGACAACAGUGGUUUGUUCGGCAAGAGGCACGCUUGUUCCUGUACCGCCUUGAUGAGCUGAUGAAAUAUCGAGGCGAUUCGACCAGCACAGGGUUCGAGCGGGACCAGCCUUUCAAUGAGUUUCUUCGCCGAGAAGGCCUCGACUACGAUUUUGUGACGCGACCUCAACGAUCGGACUCCCCCGCUAUGAAUCUGUGGCAACGCGCCACAGAGUUCCGCGGCGGCGAUACUACCGGAGCCUACUCGUAUCAGGAGCUCCGUCUCUUUCUUGUUCCCUUCUACCCCGAUGCGGCGUCUCUGGUAGCUAGGCGUCGGGUGUACGUCCACCGCUUCAUCGCUUACGUCCCCUUCACCGACAUGGACCAGGUUCUGCUGAGCAAGUUCAAGACGGUGUUGUCAGAGUGCUUCACCCUCCUCGAGUCUCGGCAGACCACGCUGCAGACAAACGUCUUUGGAGAUCCGCGAAUUGGCGAGUUGCUGAUGGCCAUCCCGACAGUCUACAUCGGGAAGGACUUCCGAAAGGACACCGUGGAGACUGCGGAGGACCGCCUCACGCCUCAAAACGCCAAAGACGUAUGGCGCACUUCCUUCCCGCCGUGCAUGCGCCGUCUCUUCGGGGCUUACAUGCGUGACCACCACAUGCGUCACUCCGGCAGGCUUCAACUCUGGCUCUUCUUCAAAGGUGCAGGAAUGAAGCUGGACGAGAAUCUCCAGUUCAAUCGCGCCCUGUGGCAGGACGCACAAAAAUUCGACCGAGAGCAUUCUUACACCCUGCGGCACAUCUAUGGACAAGAAGGAAAACGAGCAGACUACCCGCCGCUGAGCUGCUCGAAAAUCAUUUCUGGAGGAGGCAUGCUCCAGACUCCCGGCGUCGGCGACUUCCACGGAUGUCCGUUCAAGCACUUCGACAGGCCGCAGCUCCAGAAGCUGCUCAGCGAGUUCGGCCUCAGCUUCAACCAACUGCUGCCUGUCCUCAAGUACAAAGACACGAACGAGUAUCAACUGGCGUGUCGCGAGUUCUUCAUGCAAACGCACCCUGGAAGCGAAGGCGAAGGCGUGGGAAACCAUCCCAAUCAUUUCUACGAGGCAAGCCGACGCUACGCCCGACGGCAGGGGGGCGCUCCCUCGUCUGCUUCGGCGUCUCCCGCGGAGACAAAGGGCGAGAAAGUGGAAGAAGACGUGACUAUGGCGUGA